AUGGCACAUAUCGCUCCAUUCCAACGAAGCACAUCAGCCAUGGGACACAUCGACUCGGAACUCCUCGCCGAAGCAGACGAACCACCGGAAAGAAAAGACCAAUUGCUUGUUGACUCUCCCCGCCUUGACGCUGCUUUUAUCAAAUCACUNCCCCCGGCUUUCACCCGCAGAGAGUCUCUACUUACCCGCCAACUACACUCACCAGAGCCCGAACACCUAAAUGAGGACGAACACCAACGUGCCAGGGCCAUCGUGCGUGGCAUGUCAGCAUGGAGUAACCAUAGCGUCGCCUCCACAGCUGAGCUCACCAGCGAUAAUGAUCUGACCAGCCCCGGAACUCGUGAAAGCACCCCAAGCCCUCCGUUACCUCCGACCUUGAUCAGAGAAUCUAUCCCGGCACUGGAAAAAUCUCUCUACAAGGAGCCGGUCAUCCUUGAGGACAGCAAAUCUCAGCCCGAGAAGUCUGUAGAGGCCGGGUUAGGUCGUCCAAGGUGCAUCACUUUUGCUUGUGGUGGUCAGAAGCCUGUUUCGAACCAUGUUGCUUCCGAGAGUGAGCAGGAAAAGAAGGAUGCACCAACUCCGGCCCCUACGGAACCCCUGAAGCGUAAGACAUGCAUUACUUUUGCUUGUCCAUCCAAGCCCACUGUUCAACCAUCACCUGCCAAGGAAAAGACUAAGGCUAUUACUCUGGCUCCAACUCAAGGACCCAAAACGAGAAUUGUCAGUCCAGGACCAAAGGCUUCAAGAACUCAAGCAUCCCCGAAACAUUUCCCCAGAAACCAUCGCGGAUCUGAUUCGACAGUCAAAAACGAUUCACCAAAGAGUCUCCGUAAAACACCAAUGCUGCCCGUCCGAAGACGUAAAUACAGCAUGGAUAACGAUGACGUGCCCGGUGAGGAAAGACGAUUCCACGAGUUCGGACCUUCGGAGGAAGAAAACGAACAGUGGCUGGAAGAAUCUGGCUGCUACCGCCAGCGCCUAACUGUCAAUGACACUCUGUACAAGGAAAAUAUCAUCAGACAGAUCGGCGAAGAGGUCGAGGAAGAGGCUAUUGAAGAAGACGAAGACGAUGAAGAUGAAGAGAUUGAAGAAGACGAGGACGAGGAUGACGAAGACCUCGAAGACCUCGACACCCAACAAGUCGUCUCAGACGAUGAAGUAUCCGAUGCUGGUUUCCAAACAGACGAUGAAGACGGCUUUGCCGUAUCCGACAGUGAAGGAGAUGACAGCGAAAAUGAAUGGUGGGCGCCUGGAGGCCGCUCAACCGCGGCCACUUCUAUCGAACACCUGGAAACUGUGCGUCCCACUCGUAGAAGAACCAAUUCGGACUCGUCUCUGGGCUCGGCGCAUGGUGAAAACAAAACUGCAUCGGCACCUUAUGGCAUGGUCAAGCGCAGAAGCCGCGCAGUCAAGAUCAACCGUCCUCAGACGCCCGAUCUUCCUGACAGUACUGACUUCGUCUGCGGCACCCUCGACGAAGACCGUCCUCUUGAGCAAGCAUACAUACAGAGUCUCGAGAGAAGAAAGGCUGCCAAGCACAAGGCUAAGCCGCAAGAUAUUGAUCCUACCUUCCCUACUUCUGAUCCGGACAUGGACGAGGAAGACGACGAUGAGGACGACGAAGACGUUGAGGAGAGUGACCAGCCUCUCUUCAUGCACGGCAAAAUCGAGAUGAACGAAGACAUGGGCCACCGUGGUCGUCACAAGUCCAAACCCGCGUCCAAGAAGAAGUCCAUCUCGCCUCCCCAUCAGCGACUUCGUUCCCCUCCUCCUCCCAAGCACCGCUCCCACCGCUCUCCUCCACCGUCAGCCAAGCGUCUGCGAUCGCCUGCUCCGAUCAAGCGCACUGCCCACAAAUCACCACCGCCUCGCAAGCUCUUUGGUCAGUCACCAAGACGUCUGAGGUCACCUCCACCUCCGCCUCGCCGUCCUACAUCUCCACCACCGUCUCUACGCAGUUCUGUUGAAGGAGUUGCCCCCAUCAGUUUCACGCCAAGAGCCACUCUUGCCCGUCGUCCUCAGCCUACUCACACGGCAUCAUUGCCCCGAGUCCAGAGUCAGGUCAAGAUUGGCAAGAACGCCAUGACGCCUUCGCUCGACGAACAUGAUGAUCCCUUGUCGGGUAUGAGGACAGCACGUGGUGCAAUUGACAUUGUCAAGGGUCUGGAGAAGAAACGCCAACGUCGCAAAGAAAAGCUUUACCAGAAGCACUGCCAAAAGGGCAAAAAGGACCACGAACGCAAACCAAAACCGGGCAAGGGCGCAGAAAGAAUGAGAGAAGUCGGGCUUGAGCUGGCUGCCUACAAAGGCAAGAAGCAGCACGUCCUCUCCUACUAA